AGGCAGUCUGGAUCUGGCUCUCUGUGUGGCAGCACUGGACUCUGAGUACUGCAACAAAGAGGCAAAGGUGUAUCUGGGCUGAAAGCAAAGAGGUAAAGGUGUAUCUGGGCUAAAAGCAAAGAGGUAAAGGUGUAUUUGGGCUGAAAGCAAAGAGGUAAAGGUGCAUUUGGGCUAACAGCAAAGAGGUGAAGGUGUAUUUGGGCUGAAAGCAAAGAGGUGAAGGUGUAUUUGGGCUGACAACAAAGAGGUAAAGAUGUAUUUGGGCUGACAGCAAGGAGGUAAAGGUAUAUUUGGACUGAAAGCAAAGAGGUAAAGGUGUAUUUGGGCUGAAAGCAAAGAGGUAAAGGUGUAUUUGGGCUGACAACAAAGAGGUAAAGAUGUAUUUGGGCUAACAGCAAGGAGGUAAAGGUAUAUUUGGACUGAAAGCAAAGAGGUAAAGGUGUAUUUGGGCUAACAGCAAAGAGGUGAACGCGUAUUUGGGCUAACAGAUUAAACAUGAAGCUCUCCAUCUUUCUGCUGUGUCUCCUCGGAACCAGCCUGGUAUUUGCAGAAAACCAGGAUUCAGGGUCUAGCUCAAAUUCGUCUGAGGAAAACCUGGAUUCUGGGUCAAACUCAAAUUCAUCUGAGGAGGACCUGGAUUCUGGGUCUAACUCAAGUUCAUCUGAGGAGGACCUGGAUUCUGGGUCUAACUCAAGUUCAUCUGAGGUGAAUCUUCAUCAGCACAAAGCCAUGAUUCCUAUCAGAUCUAACCUGCAUUGAGAAGCCGCCUACAAGAGAAGAAGGUCGCAAAAAUGAAAGUGCAUCUCAAGAGGCAAUCUGCACAGCUGACGCAGGACGGUGUAAACAACCAUGCAUGUGAAACAAAUAAAAAAAGUGGAAAUUAAAGAUGAACUUGAUUAUGAUCAGCAAA